AUGACAGAAAUCCGUCCCCUCAAUGGUUUUGAACUUCCUGUGUAUUACGUGUGUCUGACUUUGAGUGACACAUUUAACAAAUUUGAUUACACACAAUUUAGAACUGACGUGGUGAAAGAGAUUAUCAAAUACACUCCUUUUCAUCUCACCAUAAAAACAAAAGACGGCCAUUUUUAUUGGUAUAAAUUAGACGACAAAUGGCUAAUAGAUAAUGUCGAUAUUUAUAUUACAGAAGUUCCAUUUGAAGAAAAUAAAGAAAUUGAAGCUGCUGACUAUAAUCUGCCACAAGAAGGUGUUCCACUGUUUUCUAUUGAAUGCUCAGAAAAUGAGAGUACAAGUCGUUUAAAGUUGUAUGCAAACCACUCACUGUGUGACGGGCGCACCAUUGCAAAUUUAUAUCAAGUUUUCAAGAACGCAAUUCCAAACGAAUUUCAUAAAGCCCUUCACGACGACGAACUUCCUCCAUUUGACUAUAAAAGUCUGUACGCCAUCAAUGAAGAUGUUUUACACCAAAAUCCCGUCUCUUGGGAUAUCGCACAUGUUUCUGUUGUUCCUCCAAUAACAGAGAAGUGUGACUACAUCAACAUCUUUGGCACUUUCGACUGUCAAAAAGUGCUUUCCUUUUGUCAAAGAUACAAAAUUGGAGUUCAGGCGAUACUAAUGGCGUCACAAGAAAGAGCUACACGACGUUUUAUGAACAUAACCAAUGAAGUGCCAAUCAGUGUGUACGCACCAACAGACACAAGACAAACAAAAUUCGCGAAUGAGGAAUUGAAACGUCACAAUUUCUAUUGCUCGGCGGGAGCUAACUUCCCAGCAAUCGUCGGCAAAGAAAGUAUUAUGAAAGAUCUGAAAGAGUGCAAUUUUAAGAUGAAAGAGGCACUAAAAACGUCGGAUUGCUGCGUACAUAUACUUUUGUCGUGUAAACAAGUUGAUGAGAAAACACUUGAAUUUACACCAACAAAAGGAGCACCAAGUGUAUCAAAAAUGCGAGUCAUUUCAUGUUCGAAUAUAGGUCUUUACAAAAACAUGAACGACCCAUUUUUCGCUUUAAGAUAUCAAUGUAAUAUCAAUAAAGAGUUGGAUGAUGUCAUGAAAUUUGUGUGCGAAAAUUGA